ACAUGAACGACAUAGAGGAUGAUCAGACUGAAAAUGACACUGAAUCAACAAUGGGUAGUGAUGAGACCAUUAACGAUACUAAUGCUGAUUCUGAAACAAUGCCAGAUCUUGAAGCAGACACGGAAGUCGAAGCCGAAAGUGCAGCUGAACCUCAGCCCGAGUGGCCGAUUGCAUUUUUGGAGUGGGGACCAGCUUGGGAGAUUCAUGUCUACUUCUAUGCAUCGGUGUUUGUGAUUAUAGCCGCAAUGACUAUCUUCAGUAUGGCUUGCCACCUAACCCGGAAUCGACGACGAGGACGAUACAAGCUAACGAUCGCACUUCAGAUCUUGUUAUUAGAGUUUACAUUAUUGAGGGCAGUAUGCCUGUUCGGUAACCCAUAUCAGACAGUGUCAAAUAGAGCUCCGAUGGUGUUUUUCAUUUUAUGGUCACUGGCCGUACCUGGAUUGACCGCAUCGUUCAGUGUUCUACUUCUUGUUCUAAUUGAUCUCACAAAGAUGUCCGUCGGACCACCAUUGUUUCAACGCUUACCAGUUUUGUUUGGAAUCACAGCAUUUCAUUUUGCAAUGAUAUUUUCGCUCGACCUGUCCUGUGUGUUUGACACACUUGUCUGCAAACAUAUGAUGUUUGUUUGUGACCUGUUGUAUAUACUGUAUGGUCUGUUUCUGGCUAUUGGUUACGGGUACACUGCAAGGUUCCUGUAUAAGAACAUUUCUAUACACAGGAUUCAGAGAAAAGAAUCUAGAGGAGUGAUGAGGAAUGGUCAUUAUCGGAAGACUAUGAUGGUGGUGAAGGUUUGCAUCGCAGCGUCCAUUGUCUCCCUGUCCAUAGCGGCUACACAUGUCUACUCAGCGUCAAGCACGCUUGGUGUCUACAGUGACGUUCAAUUCGUCGACGCCUGGCAAUGGUGGAUAGUACAGACAGCCUAUAGGGUGGAAGAAGUGGCAUCUGCCGUUAUCAUUGUGUUAAUGGCAUUUAGAAAUACAUUUUGUCGUAAAAAUUCCAGAACGAGGCUAUCGUCUGCGGAGAUUACUGCUUCAACAAGAGAACGCAUUAAGCCUCAACAUCGGGUUGACGUUCAACAUGAGGAAACAAACAUUCGAUGAAGUUCGAUGAAGAAUUUAACCUUUUAAAUUGGGUUUCUGGACAUUGACAUUCAAAACCUCAUAACUCAGCCGUUAACUUGCUGGAGGUUUGCUCAAAUACUUAUUAUUUUGUUGUGUUUGUUUUAGCGACAAUAAA